UGUGAGGAGCGCGGUUGUUGAGAAGGCGUAUGAAGACGAGCCGGGACCACUGCGUUUGAUUUCCCUUUCAGAUCCUGAUUCAUCCCUUAAGUUAGAUAUUGGAGACAUGUCGGCUCUUGUUGAUUUCUUUCAGAAGGGCAAGACUUUUAGGCCCAGAAAGAAUUUCCAGCCUGGCACCAUGAAGUACUCAUUAUACAAGCACGCCCAGGCCUCUCUCAACUCUGGUCUAAAUCUGCGGCUGGCUGUCAAGCUGCCUCCUGGCGAGCAGCUCAAUGACUGGAUUGCUGUCCAUGUGGUCGACUUCUUCAACCGCAUCAACCUGAUCUAUGGCACCAUCUGCGACAACUGCACGGAGGAGUCGUGCCCGGUGAUGUCGGGAGGGCCCAAGUUUGAGUACCGCUGGGCCGACGGGCACAAGUACAAGAAGCCGACGGCGCUGUCUGCGCCCCAGUACAUUACGCUUUUGAUGGAGUGGGUCGAGGCGCAGAUCAACGACGAGGCGCUCUUUCCCGUCACAGUCGACGUGCCGUUCCCCAAGACGUUCUCCAGCCUGUCCAAGAAGAUCCUGACACGUCUGUUCCGCGUGUUCGUGCACGUGUACAUCCACCACUUCGACCGUUUGGUGGCGAUCGGCGCG